ACUGCAAUUGCCACAAUCUCAUAUUUUUAACGUUUCUACUAAGAGAUAAAACAAGAUUUGAUCACGUAGACAAGGUUUCUUUACCUUCCUUAUAUUAAACUCAAAACAAACCCAUGUUUAUUUCCCUAGUGUCUCUUUAUAUUUCAUAACAACAACAUGCAUGGGUUAUCAGGAUUGGAGCAUACGUAUCACCAUAACGCUCGCAUAUUUAUUGUAAUCAGCUACAACACGCUUCAUCUCUAAAACCGUUACUCACUAUUUCAUCAAUAACACGAACUUUUUGUUCUCAUAUUGGAGUUUCUUUUUCUCACUUUCAUCCUAUAAUAACACAACAACAUUUUUAAGUUUAACUCCAGCACAUCCCUUGCAUGCUCAGUUUCUCAUUCUUUGAGUGACCACACCAUGAUGAUGAUGAUCAUGGGGUUGUUGUGUUCAAGAGUAGUGUUCUUUUUUGUUUUGGUUUUCGUGAUUUGGGUUCAGGUGGAUUCAGCAGAAGGUGGUGUUAGGAACUACAUUAGUUGGGAGGAUUUUCAGGUGAAUGAACAAAGGUUGUUCUUUAAAAAGUCCCAUAACGAUGUUCGAGUUAUUGUUGUUAACCAGAAUGGUGGGGGACAUUCCAAAACUGUUCAAGGUGCUGUAGAUAUGAUUCCAAAGAAUAACAAACACAGGGUGAAAAUUUACAUUAAUCCAGGAAUUUACAGAGAAAAAGUGUAUAUUCCUGUCAACAAGCCUUAUGUAUCAUUUAUAGGCAAAAGAAAUCAAACAGCAAGGACUGUUAUUACUUGGAACAGUAAGUCAUCAGACAUGGGUCCAAAUGGCCAAGCAUUGGGCACCUAUGAUUCAGCAACAGUGGGAGUGGAUUCAGAUUAUUUCUGUGCAACUGCGGUAACUUUUGAGAACUCAGUGAUUGCAUCGGCUGGUGGGAAAGGGAUGCAAGCAGUGGCACUGAGAAUAAACAGUCCAAGAGCCAUGUUCUACCGAGUGAGGAUCAAGGGAACACAGGACACUCUCUUGGACAACACAGGAACACAUUACUUCUUAAAGUGUCGUAUUGUAGGAAAAGUUGAUUUUAUCUGUGGCAGUGCAAAAUCACUCUAUGAGAAUUGUCGUCUUCAAUCAGUAGCUGAGAACUAUGGAGCAAUAGCAGCACAUCAUAGGAAUUCACCGAAAGAAGACACAGGUUUUUCUUUUGUAGGGUGCAGUAUUAGAGGAACUGGCAGUGUGUACCUUGGCAGAGCAUGGGGGAACUACUCAAGAAUUAUAUACUCCAAAUGUAACAUGGAUGGUAUUAUUAAUCCUGAAGGGUGGUCAGAAUGGAAUCAUCCAGACAGAAAGAAGACUGCAGUGUUUGGUGAGUAUGAAUGCAAAGGAGAAGGAGCAGAUAGAAGAUUUAGAGUGCCUUGGUCAAAAUCAUUGAGCUAUCAGGAAGCAAGGCCUUUCCUUUAUGAGAGCUUCAUUGAUGGAGAGCAGUGGCUUAGAUUGUAGCAUUAAGAUGUAACAAAUACGUGAUAUAUUACAGUUCAUUAUUAACUUAUCUACUAUUAUGUUACAUAUCAUCACCCAAAUGAUAAAUUUUU